AUGUCUGACGAGAGCAGUGACGAGUAUUUUGCCAGCGCUGAUGAGGGAUCAGUCAGCGAAACCGACGAGAUUUUGCAAUCCAAUGCCACGCAGGUAGCUGUGCGCGUUUUAUUGAUGAUUCAGUCAUUGAACCAGAAGUUUCCUUUCACCCCGAAAUUCCUUCUGCCUCCUUCCAGGCUGUUUUGAAGACUCCUGUUCCCGAGAAUGUGACUGCUACACGUCAAUUUGAAGCAACCUGUAACACGCGUAGUGCAGUGGAGGAGUGUCCGGGACCGGUAUUUUCCUCACCUGUCGACGAACCCACUUGUGAUUUGGCCACCUAUGCUGUGGCUUCUUCAGUAAAAACGCAGUCAGGCCUGCCUCAAAAGAUUGCCAAAGAAGUUUUGGUCGAACCAAAGCACGCGGAGUGUGAACCGUGUGCAGAACCAGGGCCCCCCUCUGACCUCGCCUUCGGAGACACCGAAUCUAUCGUAGACAGGGGCUUGAUAAAUUUCGUCGAGACGCUACAACCGACACCAUCAUGCCUCGAAUUCCAUGCUUCUGAAGACCCGAUUGGUUAUAUUAAGGACGACAAGGUGACCCCUCGAGAGUCGAACCAGGGAGACAAUGAAACGGAAAAGUGUGAAGAACUAAUCAAAAAUCUUUCAGCUCCUGUUAACAUAGUUGAUGGGUCACCACUUUCCUGCCCACUAAUGCCUAUUCCUGAUGGUUCAGUUCCUGUCGUUACUGCUGAUGGCUUCUCACCCAAACCGUUGGAGCACACUACCAAAGAAUUUCUUGCUGCGGAUUGCAGCCCAACUCAGCUGGUCACUCUCAUGUCUAAGCCGGAAGAACUAAAUCGUUCGUUCUGUCAGCAAGAAUGCAUGCCGAGUCCCUCCGAAGCACCACCAAAAGUGACGUCGGAGAGUUUGAACCAGCACAGUUAUGACUCCGACUGGCAUGGGUCAUACGGAUUAGACCUACCAGAGCCACAGAAAUCCUACUCUACUGUCGGAGAUGAGAGAACCCGCAUGACAUCUGCAACUUUUCUCGAGACAGAAGAAGUAAGUGCCUGGGAUGAGGGUGGUUGGGACGAUUCUGAAAAGGUCGCUGAUUCUCGAGACUCGUCCGAUGCACCAGGAUCACAUCCAAGUGUCGUUACUGAUAGUGGACUCUCUUCCGUUGCGGGUGCUCUGACCCUCUCCUGUAAUAUGAAACCCUUGGUUGGAGGAACAGACCAGGAAACGCCGACGAGGACUCUAGAUGCGACACUUGGCCAACAAGCUUCUAGCACAGUUGAAAUUGAGACAGCAGUACCCUCUUGCUCUUCUAGUGACAAGUAUUAUGCCACAGAAGUUCUCUCAGCUCCUUGCGCAGUGGAUGCCGAAGAACAUAAUCGACCGACGCAUCCUACCGACCAUCCGGGGUUUACGUUAACCCCAAACAGUAAAUGUGGAACGGAGUGCUCUGAGCCGUCAACACAGCAACGUAAAAUUACCGUCGCAGACAAGCACGAUCUCCGUACAGAGUCAGGCUCCACUAUUGACUCAGUACACAAGACCUCGACAGCGAGUCAGGCAUCGGACGAAGCGGAAGGCUGGGACUUGAGUUGCGUCUCCGUCCUGUCCUCGCUACCAGCAGCCUCGAAGUCCUCCCUCAGCGGACAAGAAAAAGUUGAGUCCAGCUGUUCUGUUGCAUUUAAACAGAUUUCUAACGACUGGGAUGCUGAUUGGAUUGACGAGGAAGAGAAAGAAGUUGCGAAGGCCACACCCGACCGGAGCAUAACCGAUCAAAAGAAAGACAGACUCUUAGAACACUGUGAAGACGGGACCAGGCCCGAGGAAAGCAGCGACGACUGGGAUUUCGACGAAUGGGAUUGCGCAGAUAAGACGCCAGAAGUAGUUGCGACGAAGACCACGCCUAAACCAGCCGCCCAUUCGCAAAUCGCGCAGAAAAAUACUGACAGCUCUAACGUACCCGUCCUACCUGAGUACCUCUCAACGGCCGCCACCUCUCUGGUCAAAACUGUCGGCGGGGGAUUGGCUAGUUUUGUGGAUAACUUCAGUCUCGCCAAUCUCUCCGCUACACUUGCAGCCUUCGAUGGAGCCCCUCCGCCUGCCCACCAGCCGCUGUGUGCCGACCCCAUCCAGGAUGAUGCCAAACCCCAAGAUGAAACAGCACCAAUGGAGGAUUUGUCUCGCAGUGCCGUCGACGCAGAAACAAAAGUUGCGGUCAACGAUGAGGGUUGGGGUUUAUCCGGCAUGUCCUGGAGUGCUCUCGCAAAGUCAUUGUCCUCGACUGUGGAAAAUAAGGUAAGCCUGCGUUGAUCCCUUCCGUAAUAGAUCUCUUUAGAAUACUCUCGCGCUCAUCGUUUUGAAGGUUUGACGUACUUUAUGAUGGGUUUAAAUCUGAAUGGCUAGUCUUAGGCCGUCAUCUGGUCCUUUAUUGGUCCACCAGGUCAUGAUUAGCAUAUGUUUGACACGCAUUCGGUCGUCGCAUCAUGGUUUUUUCACUAAUUUACGUUUCAUUGUAUUGAGGCAGUUUCGGUGGAAAACCGUGGAUAGAAGCUGUAACUGUUACUGAAUGGAUGUUUAUGAUCCAGCUGGGUUUAUCACUUUGUAGUAUUUCAGUCAACAGGGGAAGGUUCUAAGCGGCAACUGACGUAGUACCACUUAAACUCACCAAUAUACUCAAACUCUCAACUUGAAAAACAUGAAGCAGCCGUCGGUCUCGUCACAAUCACCAUUGUGUAACAACGAAGAUAAUGGGCAUACCUGGAGUACUUUAGUCACAAACCAGGUCUCAGUUAUCAGGAGAGGAGGAUGUGGGACACCAAAAGGAAGAAUGUUCUCUCCACGGGACCUGCCCUACUGUCUCAGACAGCAGUAACUGCCGGUGAGGACAAGAAGUGUGCUAAUACUGUUAGAGCUGAGCGCGUGCGAGUCUGUGUGGUUGACUACCUUUACAGGCUUUUGAGGGCGAAGUUUAGGGCCUUUUGCCCCGAGUGCGUCUUUGUUCUGUCGCCGGUGGCGGUAGUUCGGAGAAACAGGUCUCGCUGAGGGCAGUAAUCUUCACCUUGUGACACGUCAGUUCUUAAGCGACUAGCUCCAUCCUCCCAUGCGUUCAAUUGCUUUGCGGAUUGCCUAAAAGAGCACGAUUGAGGGUUGCUUGUCUGGUUGUUUGGACCGUCAGUUGUACAUCUGUGAACCACGGUCAGCAUGCAGAUGACGAGAUCUCAGCAUUUGCUUAGGACACCUUUCCUAGCCGUAAACAGUGCCGUCUCUAAAUAGGGCUGCUAAAGCAUCCCAGACGGCUGCCGAACUCCACUGUGGGUCACGGCAUUGUUUACUGGAAGAGCGACCUGAGUUAGCCUAGGCCUGCCUACGGGAUUGCAUGUCGUCCUCUCCUUAGGACAUUUUUCGGGAUUAAAGCGGGGAAGAGGAACAGAACUACCGGGUGUGGGGACUCACAACACCCAAUAUCCUCAUCUGGUUUGGCCCGCUAUUCGAGGCGGCUACCGGCAUGUGGUCGCUAGACAGAGUGCAGCUUCGGAAAGCCACAGAUGAGAGUCGAGUGCCAGGUAGGGACAGUGCGGCGCGGCCACCUUCAAGGUGUACCCCCUUAUUGAACACCCCUGCACACCAUUUCACUAAUACACUUCGCCUACACGCAGCCUGAGCGUUUGAUACUUGUCUUCUCUGCUACUGAGUAGCAAGCUGUGAAAAAUAUCAAGUGGAAGGAGUCGUAGAAUGUUAACUGUAGUGGUGCAACGGAACAGUGGACAAGGGGCCCAGACUCCAGACUUGACAAAUGUUGGUUAUUUUGUGAAUUUUCUUGUCUUUCCAGGGACGUUGUCCUUAAAGUUUAAUUUUAUCUAUGGGGGCGGCAGAGCCUGGACAAAGGCCUUUUGCUAUCAGAAGGCGGAGUUGCAAAAUCUUAUCGCAACCGCCUAGGCCGUUGUGAGUAGGCAGUCAGCGUAUGGGCCCCAAUCGAUUGGCUGGGACAUUUUGCACAACUCGGAAGUCGUCCAUGAUGUCGAGUUGGUGAUCCAUACCCACCGGAUAGUCCAAGAUAACCAUUAGGAUUUCCGCUCAGCCAACUCGGCUCAACAGGAAUAAUUCAAAUGCGCGCCACGCCUUGGUGGAAUUCAUCAAGGCAGGCUGCCUAUACCGUCCUGAUAAGGAAGUCGACUACCUGACCCCAUGUGUGGUAUGCGUAUGCAGUCGCCUAAGUCCUAGUUCGCCCGUUGGGUCCCCGAAAUGGAAGUCGGAGGGAGAGGUAGCUUCAUACUUCGCUCACAGAAGUCCCCUUUUCGGAAUUUAUGGUUGCCAUUGCCUCGGGUGUUCCACACUUCGGGGUUGGGUAUGACUGGGAGGGAAGUACCGACAGAGGCAAAAGAUACCGGUCUGACCAUUUCCGGUUUAUUAGCCGUCGACAGCCGGCCAUAGCCAAUCGUUUGUCCGGAUGACCCGGGAUUCGAACCUAGGUUCUUUGUUUUUCAAGCGUUAAGGCAUAUGACGCUGCACCAAUGAAUUACAAGCUCGUUGUCCUGUCGGCUUUAUAGUAAUCACCAAACUACUGUACUAGUGAAAGUUAUAUAUAUAUAUAUAUUGUGAGAGGGCAUUCAUUGAUCGGGUUACGGGACGCGCCCGUCCCGUUGCGCCUUGGAACUCAAUCUAGAGCCAUUUCAGGCAGUCGCGCAUAGCGACAGAUAAUUGUGCUGGAAAAAGUACCGACAAAGACAAGAGAGACCGAAUUCAUCAUUUCUGGUCUACUAGCCGUCGCCAGUCAGCCAUACCCCGGGUUUGCAGAACCCGCAAUUUGAACCCGUAUUCCUUUGUCAUCGAGCCUUCUUAAACCCAACGUCCUUGCAUUGAGCCACGGCCUCGCUGUGCGACCGCCUGCAAGGGUUCUAGAUUUGGUCUCAAGGCACAAGGGGACGAACGUGUCCCGUAACCUCAUCGACGAACAAAGCAAUCACUCAAACAAUAUGAAACUCUGAAAUCAAAAUUUAAUUUCUCAGCAUUGUCACGGCAUUUUUUUCCCAGUAACCCUCCUUAAAAGUCCGAUGAAUGGGUUCUAUUUAGCUCGUGUUUAUGCGUAAUAACAUUCAUCUUGAAACUGAGGUCAUUUUCAUCUCGCCAAUACUGCCGAUGGCAUAAGAAACUUGUAUUAUAAUUUUACCACAGUGGUACUGGAUGCUCUCGGACAUUAAAUUUUGGCCAUAUGCGUGGGACUUAAGGUCACGCAUUUGGUUGCCCAUAGCUAACUGUUCGGUCAGGUUGUUUCCCUAAACCAGACUUGUCGUUCGUUUCUUUUGGUAAAAAUUGUCGAGAGAAACUCCUUUUGGGUGAUAAUCCAGGCGCUUCUCUGAACACAGUACUUUUCUUGUAUUUUAGGGAAUGCAGCUGCUGCAGGGUGGUGUUGAUGUGCUUGAGACGAUCGGCAAGAAAACGUUUACUGCAUUGAAGGAAACUGAUCCUGGCCUGUCCUACACCAAAAAGUUCCUUCUUACCCCCAAGAGCAGCCAAACUACCCGGCUUUCUCAGGUAGUUUUCUUAGUCGACUUAGAUGUUUCGUUAACGACGUACUCCAUCGAGUGUUUGAAAAGUGCUCUCUUGGUGUUUUCAGUUUUUUUCUGUUUAUAUUUUCUUUUUCAGAGUAUGUGGCAUCUUUACCCCCGGAUUCUUUUGCUUCUCGUCAAAUGAAGUUUCCAAUGGAAUCAGUAUUUAGACUUCUAUGUAGCUAAUUAGAAAGGGAGGUUUUCAAAGGCAUCACCUUUUCCUGAGAUACACCAAACAGAGUUGAGUUGAAGGAAUGCACAUCGUAUGAUGAAAACAGGAUCGAUUAACUGGAUUCACAGGUGCCGUGUCAAUGCGUAGCAUAGAUAAAGAAAUGAAACUAGGAAUAUUUUGAAUUGGUUUAAAAUAUCGAUACAAGAAUCCACAAGGUAACAAUUCCACCAACACGAAAGGUACACAAGAAAGAAAGUGAAGGAGCAUGUCUUUGACUCGCAUGCGAAUUAGGGAUGAGCUAAAGAACUGUGAAUUACCAUCACCAAGCGAGAUUUAUGGCGUAAUUCGGGUGUUUUUACAAGUCUACUUUGAGACUUGGAGUGUUUUCCGCCUCCAAGUAGCGCUGUAUCAGAGUCCGUCGAUAGCGAAUGAGUGCGAGUUUUGGGCCAGCAGGAUGCAUGCUGUCCUGGAGGGUUUGUGAUUUGACUUCCCCUUCUGAGACAUUAUGUCGUGAGCUCAAUCCAAAUAUCUGCUAAUUUAUUACCUCUGUGUUUUUACAGUAUUCAUGUGCCAGCAAGUAUCUGUUAAAUGCCAGUUCACAGCAAGAAGAGGCGUGCGAGUACGUUUGUUUCUUCCUUGUUUCGGUAUACAUGACUUUCGUAUAACAGGCGGGCAGGUUUUUACAGUGAUACAAACGGUACUCCUAAAUCGUUGCCCCCUUCUCAGUGAACAACUGGCUGAUUGUUCUUGCACUCUUUGCCGUGAAAGAUUGCAGGACUUGUGAAUGGAUUUUUCUGUGCGACUGUUCCUAUGAGGGCUAUUCUAUGAAAGUCAAUUUCGGUACUGCUCCUUACCUCCUUCCAAUGAGCGUAGACGGGGUCUCGUUUUAGUUUUAUUGGUAUUUAGCUCAUUAGGCUUAAACGGUGAAAAGCUGAGUUUCUGAUAAGACCAUUUGCCGCUCUUUAUGUGAAGUCACGCAGGGGUGAUAGUGUGUUAUCCUGUUCCCGUUCUCUUGUGAAUUCUGUCCCUUUCUGUGAUCUGUUCGUCCUGCCAAACAAAUUACUGUCAUCCUUUUGUUUGUUAACGCCUGCAAACACAUCUUCGGCGUGCUUCUCAUGCAUUGUUGUCGAUUGCAGUCUGGGCGGCACCUUCUUUUCUCAAACUACAAUUGCCAAUUCUCAUGACGUCUUGGAAUUAGGGCUUAAAAAGGUAAAGCACGUUUGCUGCGAGGCAAAGCUAUACCAUCGAUAUACCGAACUUUCGCCUUGUGUUCGGAAUCCGAGGUUAUCGCAGGCACGCCUGCCAGGCUUAUGAAUUAUUCAUUAUUUGUCUGGCAAAAGUACACAAAGCCAUAAAUGCAUUUGGGCCUCUCCGUCUCCUUACGAGAUACUCGAGCCUUUUACCUGGCAAAAUAGUUGUACCAACGGCCCCGUUUUCCACCAAGAACUUGGAAAGGACGGUGGCAUUCGAAGUCAUUUCCCCAUAGGUGCCUGAGGAACUCAACCUGUGAAAAUUAGAAGUUCUGGCUCCAUUGACAACAGGAAUCCUGAAAGCCAUUGGGAUUGGUGUGGUUCACAAACGGGCAUUCCUCAGAGAGCAAAUAAUGAGGCCAAAAAGCACGCUGCUGAGCAUGUGGCGACCACUGUGUUCGUUAUCAAGCACUUCUAGGGGCACAUAGUUCGGCAAACAAGUCACCUCACUGGCGAAAGCGGACCAGGAUGCCCUAAGGGCAAAGGAGUAUCCUCAUACUACCAACAGACAAAGAGCGUUCCACAGCACUCUACAAGAUUGCAGGUCUGUACCACCUCAAACGAGAUUAGGCCUUCUGACUCUGACACCCAUGGCGCGCAAGGGGUCACGUGAUCACGAUUCCCGAGCGCCAGGACGUGAGCACAUUAAGCCCCAAGGAUAGCCAAUCACUGGCGCCAAAAAACUCCACCAUCACCCGAUCAACUGACCAGGUUAACACCAACUCUCACGUGACGCUUACUUGCUCACGCCCACGACCCAGAGCCGGCCCCGCGUCGGGGGCUCUGACAGCCACUAGGCUCCUAUACAGAAUAUACUACUGCUGGUCUUUCCCUCUCUCCUCUAGAGCGGGACUGGGUCGUGAUUAUUGUGGCUCUCUGAGUACACUCUCACUGCGUAGGCGCCCUGUUUGAACACCGCCAAUCAUAUCUACAACGUGAUGGAGAGAGACCCAGUCAAGAAUCUGGUGACGCAGCUGAACACAACGCUCACCGGGUUACAGAAGAACGAUGCGAUGACAGAGGCGUCAAACCAGCCGACAUGGCCAUGACAAGACCCUAUGGACUGCCAAAAAGAUCGAAAGGGGCUGCUCUGCUCUGACCCAUCGCAUCUUAUCGCAGGAUGCCUACAUUUAACCUGGCGAAAUGGUUGUGUUGAUGCGUGAACUGCCUUCCAUUAGGCUUCGGUACAACGGUCAAUAAAUUUAUUGGAAUGACCUGGUGGGUUACAACUUAACACAAAUGGGAUCAUGGCAUCAUUUAGCAUUAUCUCACUCGUCACUUCGACCCCACAGAACCUGGCCAAUAUAACAGGACGAGCAAGAUGCCUGGACGGAAAAACCUGAUCCAGCUGCUCUCAUUCUGCUUCAAGACGUAUUUCACCUUUGGACGGACAGUGCGUACAAACCAUAGGCGCUCCGAUAAGGUCGCCGUUAUCUGAUUCUGUCGUUGAGACGGUUCUCCGAAACCUGGAAACAUUGGUGUUCUCAACUUAUAAGCCACUUUUUGUGCUGUAUGUGAACGGUGGCGUCGUGGUCCAUAACCUGGAAGUGGUUUCGGAAUUCCAUGCGCACCUAAACCGAUAUUUCCCUGAAUCCAGUUUCCACUAGAGGCAGAAAACAGCAGCCAAGUAUCGCGCAUAGACGUCCUGGUUCACCCUAAGGUAACCAGGAAGGCCAGCAUGAAGUUUCCGCCUGCAGUUCUCCCUUAACACAGGGUCAUACUGUUUGUGUCAUUCGUCAUCUUUUGUUACCAUUAUUAUAAUCCAUCUGACCCAACUGUGAAAAGCGCGGCGGCGUCGGUGGGAUUAGAACCCACUACAGACUGGACAAAGCUUGAGUGCAGCCAGUGAUCUAAAUACUUGAACUACGAGGCCCAGCCGGGAGUCGUGUGUUUAAUCACGUUUGGGUCAAGUUACCCGCCCGGACUACUGCAACGUUCGGAAUCCACCAGUUCCGGUAUAUUAAACUGACUGUCCAAACAGGGUUGCCUAAGCAGCUAGUGCAGAAUUCACUAGAUCCAUUUACUGUGGCCUCUUAUUACUCACCUAUUAAUUAUUAUUGUAUCAGUAUCAAUCGAGAAAUGUUUUGCCAUCCACAGUUCCUGAUGUUUUGACUGUCAAUGAGAUUUAUUUGCAAAAACGAAGAGGUUGUGCGUUCUUGUAAAUUUUCCUGCAAAUUAUGUGUAAAUUUAACGAAUCCAUGUCAUGCCUCGUUAGAUCACGUGACAGUGUCAUUGCCGCUAUUUGCGGUAACGGUUGCGCACGAUCUUUCUCUAUAUUCAACUUUGAUGGUACUCGUAGGCGUUUCUUGCAUGUAUGCAUAAGUUGCAUUAUUACGGCAUCAGGUGAUUCGCGUGAAUACGUUCUGUUCUAUAGACAAGCUACGUGCGCACAGUGAGCACUAAGAUGCAUCUUCCCGCCAAUACACACUUAUUAUCGGUAUCGUGGGACUAAUGCUUUUGCUCGACCAAUAAUACACGGACUCUGGAUCAGUUACGACGAGUGUCUGCUCUGUCCUCUUUGUGCUGAUCGACUUUUAUUGGUGAAAAGUAGAUAGCUCACAUAUCUGCUCUUUCCCGCGUCCGGCCUCCCUCUUAUUCCCAGGUGUAGAAAUCGGUCCCGACUGUCCGAGUAUUUCGCCUUGCCCUGUGUGGCAUGAUUAUGGUCUCGUUCUGUUUCCGUCACUGGCGCGGACGUAAUAUCGGCUUUAGGGUAAAAAGCAGUAUCUGCCAUACCUGCCUUUAUCCUGUGCCUUGCAAGCUCCUGCCCUCCCUGCCGAAAUUGAAAGGCGUUCGCCUACCUUCCCUUGACUUAGGCUGAACUGGAUUGAAAUUACCCACAAGCUAGCACUCCAUGACCGAAAGUGUCAGCGUUAUGCCCGUAAAUUAACGCGACUGCCCUAAUAGAGUAGUUAAUAGGUUACCAACUAACGGUACAACUCAAACUCCGCAGCCAGUCCUGUGCGAGGAGUGCACGAAUGUGGGACACUGUGUAGGGUACUCGAUGACUUCUACGACGAAAACCAAAGCCCUUUUUAUAUAGAACGCGUAACGAAAUUGUUCGGCUUUUACCAUUUACUUUCUUUGCAUUGUCGGACGAGUUCCACGAAGGAAUCCCACGGAUUCUUCAAUGUCCGAACUACCUUCAGAGCCGGUAUUGGAAUAAUUUAUGAUUUAAACUUUCAGCAACGCGAACCAGUGUUUUGGCGUCCAUAUGCUGAUGACGCUCUCUUGUGAACCCCCGUGCCACGAUUUACCUUAUUUGUCUCGAUAUGAAACCAACAAUGGAGAAUCUGACUGCCGGAUGGCGACCUGGCAACAGUCGAGCGCAAAAGAACCACAAGCUACCUGUUAGCGCACAAAAAGUGCGUUAGGACCCUGUGCCAUGGUUGACAUUUUUUGUCUCGAUAUGAAAUCAACAAUGGAGAAAGAAUCAGACCGGAGACUUCUAUUCAUUGAUUCUACUGUCGGCAGACUGCCGGAUGGCGAUCUGGUAACAGUCGAGUGCAAAAGAACCACAAGCCACCUGCCAACGCACAAAAAGUGCGUGAGGACCCCGUGCAAAGGAAGAUGCGUACAUUGCAGCAUGCUGGAAGGAAAACUUGACAAAACCCGUUAUUUUUGUGAUUGUGUUCUUAUCACACCGGACGCUUACGGUCCCGCCAAAAGAGAGUAACAAAUGACAGGCUUAAAACAGGAGUUCGGGUGGGACAUGCACUGUCUUCCGCUAGAGGCCACGGAAACUAUCUUUCGUGGUCCGAAUAUCGACGUCGCACCGACCGGUGGGCACAAUUCUCAUCCACCUCAUGCGCGUCAGGGACCUAUUAAGCCUGAAAGAGCGGCUGAAUGCUAUCUGCCGCGCUCCUUGCGCCAACUAUCCCUCAGGUUAUAUUGGUCAAACUGUACGGGCUGUACGAACCACCUCACCUAGGCACUAGAGGGCAGUCACUAUUACCGUGGCUUCUAACUACUAGGAGCAAGAUCCUGUCCUCCAUUCUGUGCCUUAUCAAUAGUCAGUAUGGUCGCGCGUGGUGGUCAAGAAGGGGUAAUGAAGUCGAUUAUUGUUAAACAGACGCGCCUAGCUCGCACUUCCACACCAAGCGCUAACACAGCCGAUCUGUAAACUUCGUUUGCGUUUAUACGCGAAAUCCAGGCAAAGCCAGUAGAGGUGGCUCUGGGUAACUGCAUUCGCCGUUUUAAUAGACCCACUUAAUAAUCCGUCCCCGCACCUUCAGGCGAGUUUGGCUACGGGUCUGGCUCCGCCCUAUCCGGAUUCUCACCAAAUCUGACCCCAUAAGAACUCUCUUCUUUUUCACGAGCUCCACCUCGGUGGUCACUCUUCCACCAUCAACAUCAGCCCUUUCUGCCCGCCGAAUGCAAUGAGAAUUGGUCAUAGUGUUUAUUUUGAGGGGCAGCGUAUCGUGUCUUUUGUCGUAACCCUGCUUUGACAAACGCUUUUGCGUUACCGACUAAGUAGUUCAAAGUUCUUUUUGUAGAGCCCGCGUAACUGAGUUGCACUCAGCAAUUCCGCGAGCGAGCAUCAUGCAUACCCCCCAAAACUUUCACCCCGCCCUUCUGCAGUCUAAACAGACAUCUACCCAAGGUGGAAGGCAUCAUUCUGACAAAGGGGUGUAACUCGGCCUCUUUCGGGCUCUUCCACAGACCUAUUUCAUUAAACUGCUAGACAAGCAGAAUUUUUCACUCCCAAAGUGGCUGCUGUUUCUCCAGAUUUCCCUAGUUUUUCAUGAUAUUUCUUGCUCACUUCCCGCAUUUUCGCAAACAGGUCCUUCGAGAGGCCAGCCGACAACAUCAGGAAAACCUGGACGAAGGCCCAACAAGGGGGCUCGAGAGCAAUGCACAGCAGCGUCGGGGUGAUUUUGCUUACCAGCUUGAGGUCAGGCACGCUCUUGUGCACAUGGAGGCCCUCGAGUUGGUCUCCACUCGUGCUUCGGCCCAUCUACACGCCAAGAUCACAAGUCUGGAGGAUCGUGAGUUACCAGGGCGCACCGCCACGGGAAAGGACAUGAGCAUUUCCAGCCUCACCAACGACGGUGGUAUACUGGACAAGAUUUGGCAGACCCUGCAGACAGCAGCUGUGAGCCAGACGGAGGAGGACGAGAGUCAUCUGGAAGGGGAUUGUUUGGUAGAAAACAUCGUGGCUAACCUGGAUCUGCUCAACUCGAUUUGUCCAGCUGCGGCUAUCCAGCAGGUGAAAAACCACCACCCAACUGCUUUUCGUGUCUACCUCUACCUCCUCUUUUUUAUCGUGGUUAGCAGUCGUCACAACAGACGAACCAGACUGUUAUGAUGAAAUAUGAAGCAGUAACUAGUCCCAAACAGAACUCUAUGGAACCCAGUUGUUAUUUUCGGCAGUAACCCAGCGUCAGAGUGUUCAUGCACCUGACGUGCCGGUGACUGGAUGAUUUGUCAGUACUAUGUCCCUUAAAGAACCUCGGUUGCAUUAGCCACCUGUGGAGUUUACUACGAUGCCUACCUUUUUGUUCGACAAUGCCCCAGUUUAGAGUAGUAUGCGUCUCAAACUGUCUGUUAUCUCUGCUAUCUCCCGCCCCUUUGAUCAAACAUUGCCUAAAUUAGUAGUACUAAUAUGCGAACCUUUUCAGCCACUGUCUGCGUGUAGUCAACUACUUUUUGGGCUCAGUAUAUAUGUUAAGUCGCCAAAAUAUGCGGCGUCGUCGCUCCAAAGCUUGACGAGGCAGAACUUGUUUGGCGAAUUCUGGGUCAGUCUUUGCGCCUUGGCCUUGUCUUGUUGCCAGAAAGUGCUCGGUGUAGGUGGAGGGAGUGAGAUCGAUGCCGCGCAAGUGUGCCUUAUUAUAAUCCGAUUCAUAUGCACGUCCCGUGCCGAUUGUACAGUCUGUGGGCGUCGCUGCGUUUGACGGACGGACUGCCGUCGCCCUUAGCCCGAAAUGUGUGUAUUUCCUAGUGGUGUAGCUUUGUCUAAAUUAUCAGAAUGAUGCUUUCAUGUAGUGGACCAACCACUGCGGAGAUUUCUCAAAUACAUCAGUAACAAGGUGGUUUUCACCAUUAUUUCCUGUCGUUGCGUCGGCAUUUCACCGCUGAUCUACCAGGGUGCAAGUCUUGGUUUCUUUCGAAGUUUAAUGCCAGGAAGUUACCUAGUUCAGUGUAGCUUAGCCGUACUAAGCAUAUAGGAAUGCGUGCAUUGGAUCACCUACUUGUCAACUUUCAGCUCGUCUCUCGGCGUCCGAUGGCUUCAUUUAACUCGUACUGGGGUGGGGUCUAAUUCACCCCUCUUCCAGCCUCAUAAAGGGCAGUCGCAUAGUUGAAAUUAACCCGGCACAAGCCUCACGUGUCGUUCUGCUCAGCUGCAGGACCGCGUGAGCCCUGAUAUUGAGUGUUUUUCUUUUCACUCUCGGACUGCCAACUACUACUUUGUUUGCGUUUCACCGCUGUUCUUCUUCGCUUUGCUUCUAGAAGUACAAGCAACUACGUGAGCGGUUGAAGAAUCCCGCGGACACUUCGUCUGCAACAGUACGUCAGUCUUGUUUUCCAUUUGGCGGCCUAGUAUGCAAUCGCAGUCAUUAUAUUGUAACCUUUGUUUGUAUUUCUUACUGUCGCCUUGAAGGAUGUCUUCUGUGUUGCGAUUGAUUCGCUGGCGGAGGCUACUACAGCUAUGCUCACGUAUUUGCACAAGCUCGCCGAAUGUCUGCUCUCCAGACCCGAGAAAGUGCGAGACGGGUUCCUCGACUUGGCUCAAAAGAUCACCAUGUGAGUUAUGCGAGCUUCUCAUGCUACCUUUUCUUAUCAGUAGUGCUGGUAUAUGCAGGCUAAAUGUGCGCGUCGUCGGUCAAACAUAUCCCCCUCACUAUACAUAUUCGCAACACCUUCCCAUCGGUUUUUAGGACAGUCGCAGCUUGACUCCACUACAUUUCCUCUGUUUCAGUAGGCAUCAUUACCCCGUAAACCCCCUGCUCACCGAACUUAAUGUCGCGAACUGUGUGUGUGAAUAGCCAUUAGUUCCUAAAGUCGAGUUUUAAGUUGCAACUGACUCGAACUCAAUCACUGGCGCAAGGGGCUUAUCCGCCUCCCGUUUCAGCCUCAUGGUCGAACCUAAGCCUUCUUCAGAACAUUCCAGGGUUUAUAACCUAGCAAGAGCCUGACACUUCGGCGGCUACAGAGGUAGACUGACAGAUACACAGUGAGGCCGUGCAUACAGCCGUUUCAGACUCAGACGUCCUCUUCAGCCACUCCUGCUCAUGGUCAGCGACUUUGUGGGCACUUUGGAUUGUGUGUGCCCACCGACAUUUGGUCUGACGAGCUUAUUUGAAUAGCAACUAUUCCUAGAUUUCUUUGAAUUUAUUGAAACUGGCACCAUGCUUUCUUGCACCGUUCGGCGUGCGUUCAAGGCACGAUAUCCGAAGUUGUGUAAUCUGGUGCACUGCUCUCGGCAGUACGCGCAUAAUACCCUCGCAAAGGUGUGGUUUAACUGAUUUCCGUGCUUUUCUUUUAGUAUAAUCCAGGCCGGGAAGAAGUACAACGAAUCCCUAUGCUUGGAGUAUGUUAAACUGCUAAAGCAGGUAAAUUCCAAUUUCAUGAUUCUUUUUUCAGACUACCUUUUUGGCGGCAUUGCUGAAUGGUUGAAAGACUCGGCGACUUUAAAUAACCAGCAGUCAUGAACACAUGUCAAGUGUUCAUGGAUUAAUCCAUUUUUGCAUAUUUGUGGCGUCUAAGUAGUGGGUGUACACGGGGCACCACAGUAAUCACAGCCAAAUCCCGUUUUGGAAGAGAAAGGAGAAGGCACUAUGAGAAGAAAGCCAGUGGCUGGUCAGAGCCGCCGACGCGCAGUCGACUUUGGGUCCGUGCGCCUUUGUCCGCUAGGAUGAUACGGGCGUGAAUGCGCAAGCUUCCUGUCCGAGUCAGCGUGAGCUUGGUGAGCUGAUUUGGCGGUUUCGGAGUUUGCGGCCGCCUGUGAUUGGUUAUCCUAGAGGCUGUAUUUGUGCAUGUUUUGGCCACUCGGGAACCGUGAUUCCUAUCGCGACGUAGGUGCGAGAGGCGGAAGAUUUAUACGCACUUGAGGCACCACUUAUUCACCUUGCUUUUGUAGAUAGGACUGUCGAAACCACUUUUGGCUCAUGUUUUCUGAUAUUUAUACUGGCUUCCACAUCGCCCACCUGUAUGCCGAAAAAAGUGCGCAUACUUGAAGGCUGAGUCUCACUACAAACGGUGGUGUUUUAAAUGCAGCCACCACCCCCCCCCCUCCCCAGGACGUUUUCUUGCUUUGGAACUGGACAAUAAAUGUCUGGUCAGCUGAGGCUGCAUUUCUUUUCCUGCCUACUCGCGACAGUUAAUGGCACUGUUUGCAGACGAUGCCCGCACGUCCGUUAAGGAAAUAAGGAUCCCACGUUAGCCACUCAGUUGGACAGUUAGAUUUGCGUUUUCUGGUGUUUUUGGCAGGUUUGAAUAACUCAUUUGACCCAUUUGAGAGAAACUCGGCGGUCUUGGUGGGAUUAGAACCCACCACAGCAGGGGCGAGGUUUGAGUACGGCCAACAUUCUAACCGCCUGAGCUACGAGGUCCCACCAGGAGCCGUGGGUUUAAUCACACUUAUGUUAAGUUAACUGCCCAGCCUACUGCAACGUCUGGAAUCCACCAAUUCUCAAGGAGUAAGCAGGGUUUCACAAGCAAUCUAGAAUCUACCAGAUGACCAGCAAGGUCACGUACACACUUCUUAUUACUCACCUAGUAAUUCUUAUGCCUAUUGUAUCUUUGUCGAUCAGGAAGUGUUUUAACCGUCCACAGUUUAUGAUGCAAUGAUAGAGUGGCGCGCACCGGUCGGGUUUACGGAACUCACUCGUCCUGUUGUGCCUUGGGGCUCUACCUCGAACCCCACCAACAGCCGCUCAGCGGCGCGUGAUAUAGCCAGAAUAACGUUACCGAUAAAGACAAGGGGGGCUGGGAUGGCUGCUUCUGGUUUAUUAGUCGUCAUCAGCUUCCUGGUGGGGCCUCGUAGCUCAAGUGGUUCUAGUGUUCGCUGUACUCAAGCCUUGCCCUUGCUGCAGUGGAUUCUAAUCCCGCCGAGGCCCCUGUGUUUCUCAUAAACGGGUCAAAUGAAUUAAUUAUGCAUUCUUCACAUGUUUUUGACCGGACUGCUUAGAUAUUUUUUCACCGAAGAAUAACAUUCUAUCCUCUCUUCAGCAAUGAAUCACCUUAUCACAUACUCUUCUACUUUCCUCGGCAGGCGUAGACUGCGAAGCCCAGUACCUGAGUUUUGUCUCCAUCCUGACAAUAGAAUUAGUGGGCAAUUUACUACUUAUCUCCAAGAAACGUUGGGCUCAUCCGAAAAGCAGAUUAAAAUUUACCACCACUGAACUCUGUUUGGCAGGUUUUCUAUGAAUCCUUUGGAAGUUUCGGACUGAUAUUGAGAAUGUCUGCAGUUACCUUCAUGACAUCGCGUGCAACACCUGCAGUUAAGUAUGGCCGACCUGAUGAGCCCGUUUUCCCUUAUUCUUCGAGGGUUCGUCGGCAACUUGUUCGUAGCACUUGUCAGUCUAUCCCCUCAACCGCUUUCUGAUUUCGCGGUUUGCACAAGGUACUUGCUGUGUUGUGCCCUGAUUGGAAGUUGCUUUCAGGCGCACUCGUGAUGUCGCAAAUGACGGGCGCAUGAAAACGUUCUACGAAUUGCUAGCCUCUAUCGCAGUCCCUCGGAUCCGCCGGCACAGUCGUGAUAAUGUUGAGAAGGGGGGAACAAACAUAACGGUCACAUACGAGUAGCAUUUGCUGGUUCGGGGACUAAGACAGGCCUCUCAUUUUGCCUUGGAUUUCCGGACUGUGGGGCGGGGUGCAGCUGGCCAGCAAUGCCAAGCGAGCUACAGAUGGUCAUUUUGUCUUCCCUGCCUUCGUCAUUGAUGCUUUUAUGGCGGAGAUGAGGCUGUCCAACGGAUUUGAGAGUGAAGCCAGACUUUUCACAUGGAGCUUUUAGCCAUCAGUAGAGACUGUGCAGAUCAAUUUAAAAGUAUUUCAUCAGAAUGCGCUUGCGUCGGCAUCAAAAUUGCGUUGCGUCUUGUGUGGGAAUUAAGUCACUAGACGUGUGCCCGUCGUUCUUUAACAUACUUUCCGUCAUUUCCUGCGCCAUAGAAUGAAAGUGAAACUCCCCGCCAGAUCGCUGGUCCAUCUGUCCCUGAUGAGGUCACGCCGCCCAUCUCCUCCAAACGGCAUAUGGCCAAUCUCUUCCUCGAGACAGGCGCAGCUAACGACUACCUUGGGAGUGCCUCUGGCUGCUUUGUCCCCAUAGUCCAGCUCCUCUGCGUAAACUCAUUCUUCCCCAAUACCCCCUCCUGA